CAGGCAUGAAAGUAUGGAGCACACCAUAAAGCCAUUUCAAGUUGGGAGGACGGAGAAAGGCUAAAGUCUCCAGUGAAUAUUGCAUUGCUGAGGCGUUUGGGAAAAGACCAGCUGAAGCGCCCAGUCCAUGGAUCCUUUGGGUGCACCUUCCCAAUUUGUGGAUGUGGACACACUGCCAAGCUGGGGUGACUCAUGUGAAGACGAGUUAAAUGCUUCCGGUACUGCAGCCGAAACACUUCAGGAAGACACUACUAGAUCACCUUUUCUUUAUAAUAAGGACAUUAAUGGAAAAGUGGUUCUUUGGAAGGGAGAUGUGGCGUUACUGAACUGUACAGCCAUUGUGAACACCAGCAAUGAAAGUCUCACGGAUAAGAAUCCCGUGUCUGAAAGUAUCUUCAUGCUUGCAGGACCUGAUUUGAAGGAAGACCUCCAGAAACUUAAAGGUUGCCGGACAGGUGAAGCAAAGUUGACGAAAGGCUUCAAUCUGGCGGCCCGGUUCAUCAUUCACACCGUGGGCCCAAAAUACAAGAGCCGCUAUCGCACGGCUGCUGAGAGUUCCCUGUACAGCUGCUACCGGAACGUGCUGCAGCUGGCAAAAGAACAGUCAAUGUCGUCUGUUGGAUUCUGCGUCAUUAAUUCUGCAAAACGAGGUUAUCCUUUAGAGGAUGCGACGCACAUCGCACUUCGCACUGUCAGGAGAUUCCUAGAGAUUCAUGGGGAGUCGAUUGAGAAAGUCGUAUUUGCUGUCUCUGAACUGGAAGAGGCUACUUACCAAAAGCUGCUACCUCUGUACUUCCCAAGGUCACUGAAGGAGGAGAGUCGGUCCUUGCCACAUCUGCCUGCCGACAUCGGGAAUGCCGAAGGCGAGCCCGUGGUGCCCGAGCGGCAGAUACGGAUAAGUGAGAAGCCAGGCGCCCCCGAGGACAGCCAAGAGGAAGAAGAUGGAGGCUUGGGAGUCGAUCUCUCCUUCAUUGGCUCCCAUGCUUUCGCCCGAAUGGAAGGUGAUAUUGACAAGAAGAGAAGACUGAUCCUCCAGGGACAGCUGUCCGAGGCGGCCCUGCAGAAGCAGCACCAGAGAAAUUACAAUCGCUGGUUAUGUCAAGCAAGGUCUGAGGAUCUGUCCGAUAUUGCGUCUCUAAAAGCCUUAUACCAAACAGGUGUUGAUAACUGCGGCCGUACUGUGAUGGUGGUCGUCGGAAGGAACAUUCCUGUCACGUUAAUAGAUAUGGACAAGGCUCUCUUAUAUUUUAUCCAUGUCAUGGAUCACAUCGCUGUGAAAGAGUACGUGUUAGUGUAUUUUCACACCCUGACCAGCGAGUAUAAUCACCUGGACUCUGACUUCCUGAAGAAGCUCUACGAUGUUGUUGAUGUCAAGUAUAAGAGGAAUUUGAAGGCUGUUUAUUUUGUCCAUCCAACAUUUCGUUCAAAGGUAUCAACAUGGUUUUUUACCACUUUUUCUGUCUCAGGACUGAAGGAUAAAAUCCACCACGUGGACAGCCUGCACCAGCUAUUUUCUGCUAUUUCACCGGAACAGAUUGACUUUCCUCCUUUUGUCCUUGAAUACGAUGCCAGGGAAAACGGGCCUUACUAUACCUCCUACCCUCCAUCGCCAGAUUUGUGACCUGCCAUCUCUCAGAGCUGCUGGCUUCCAAGGAUGCCGCCGUCUCCACAGAUCGCGGCCUGCUGAAGUGACGCUCACUCUGCUGUACAGACCCAGAGAGCCUUUUAUCCCCACCUCUCUGGUAUUUUUUUAUUGACUGUAUAUUUUCUGGCACAUCAGCAAUCCGAACAUGGUGGGCCAUUCCGAACUGCACACUGACUUUACAUUUGUAUAUUUGUAUCAAAUGGAAAUGUUCCUUUUUAAGUGGGUUGUUAAUAGACACUAGGGAGCAACUUCUGAGCGUCUUCGGUUUCCGGAAAGGACACUGGGCUCUCCUGAGACAAGCCACCGAUACCGUCACUCCGUCCCUUCAGCAAUGCACGCGUCUGUGGUUUAUUUCUUCAAAAUGUACAGACCCCGUGGAUGCUGCCCCGGGCUUUGCUCCUGCGGACCCCAGCGUUACGUCUGUUCAGACCAUUCGGG